UCCUCCUUUCCCCUCUCGACGACCUAGGACCCCCCCCCCGCUGAACCCCGUCCGUACAGCGCGUAGGAAGACAUGGCCGCGCAGGAGCCUGAGCACUUCGGCCUCACGUACAAUGACGUGCAUAACCUCAUCCGCGCGAGCGCGGCCAAGAUCGCCGAGUUCAAGCCGGACAUGCUCAUCGCCAUUGUAUACCCUCCUUGCUGCUCUUGUGGCUUCUUUCCCGCUCGCGUCCUCCGCACGUUUCUGAAGACCCCCGAGCGAAAGGGCAACAUUCCCAUUCACGCUAUUGGCUUGUCGUUGUACGAGUCCCUCCCCGGCAUGACGGCCGAGCAGAUCGGUGCGGAGGUUAUCCGCACCCAGUGGCUCGGUCCCGAGUCCGGCGAACUCCUCCUUGGCAGACGCGCUCUCAUCGUGGACGAAGUGGAUGACUCCCGCAAGACCCUCCACUACGCCAUAACGGAGCUUCAGAGAGAUGUCGAACGCGCGCUCGAGGCGCUGCCUGAGUCCGAGCGCGACGCGAAGCGCACCAAGUUCGCCGUCUUCGUCGUGCACAACAAGCUGAAGCCCAAGCUCGCCGAGAUCCCCGCUGGCAUUCCAUACUACGCCGGAGAGGAGAUCGAGGAUGUCUGGCUCGACUAUCCUUGGGAAGCCCAAGACAUCGAAGAGCACGAUCGUCUCGCCGCAGAGGGCAAGAAAAAGCGCGCCGCAAAGACGCAGUAGACGGCCUCGUCCCGAAAUCGAGCGUGAGCGCGGCGAGGCACACCUUUCCUGUGGCCCUCCAGGAUGGCUCGCUCGGAUUGGCGGAGACGGCUGAGCGAUGCUAUUGGUCGGCGGUUGCCGCGCGAGCUCGUAGGAGGUUUUGUCGCACGGGCGAGUCGGUGCUCACCCACACACGUAUGCACAUCUGUACGAACAGUCGCAGAAGAAGGCGGGGAGUCAUGUACGGUACCUAGAGCAGAGAAAGACAUCCAACAUGUGUUUGUAUGCC